UUGCAACACAUGUGAGAUAUAGCAAAGGAGACCGAGUGGAUGGUGAAGAGAAAAGCCAAGUGGAGAUUCAAGAACAUGAAGACUACUCCAUCAGUCCUGGGUUACAGGAAAAUGGUCAACACACUCGAAUGAACCGUUCAUCUGCCAAAAGGAGCCAUUCCAGAGUCAUCGCAGCAGCUCUGGGAGCUUGUUUUGUCUUGACGUUGACUGUAAUUGUCAGUCGCGGUAUCUCAGCAACCUUGCAGUCAGAGCAGACCAGUACUUUACAUAGCCAUCUUACAACGGAAACUACAACCGAGAAAGCAACUGUAGACAAGAUGACAGCACAAAGUACAACAAAGAAAGUUUUAAAAGAAAAUGCAAAUAAGAUGACAACACAAAGUACAACUGAGAAAGAGAGUGUAAACAAGAUGACAACACAAAGUACAACUGAAAAAGCAACUGUAAACAAGAUAACAGCACAAAGUACAACAAAGAAAGUUUUAAAAGAAAAUGCAAAUAAGAUGACAAUACCAACUACAACUGAGAAAGCAAAUGUAAUGACGAUGACAACAAAAAGUGUAACAGAGAAAGCAACUCCAAAAAAGAUGACAACACAAAGUACAACAAAGAAAGUUUAUGUUAAAUCGACUAAGAAGAUGAUGACGACACGAAGUGCAACUCAGAAAGAGAGUGUAAACAAGAUGACAACACAAAGUACAACUGAAAAAGCAACUGUAAACAAGAUAACAGCACAAAGUACAACAAAGAAAGUUUUAAAAGAAAAUGCAAAUAAGAUGACAAUACCAACUACAACUGAGAAAGCAAAUGUAAUGACGAUGACAACAAAAAGUGUAACAGAGAAAGCAACUCCAAAAAAGAUGACAACACAAAGUACAACAAAGAAAGGAUAUAGCUGUCCUGUAGGAUGGCUGAGGGCAGGAUCCAAAUGUUACUAUGAAUUAAAUGACAGGAGAAGUUCGCAGGAGAAUGAAUCAUACUGCCAGAGAAGAGGAGGAAGUCUAAUUGUCGUAAAUAGUAGAGAAAAACAGAGAAUACUUCAUGGGGAAACAACUGAGGAAGUUCAGCAGUGUGGGAUCCAAUGACAAAAUGCAAGUAUGGCUUAUCCUUC